AUGCUAGCCGGUCGAUUUAGAGGUGGUGCUAAUAAAUAUAAGGUUUAUAGCUGUAUAGGGGUUGGAGCUAGAUCGUUAUCUAGUCUAGAUGUUUUAGACCAUCAUGAGACGCUAAGUGGGUGUUUGUCUGCUCUUCCGACAAAAGCAAAGGUUGUAAUAUGUGGUGGUGGAGUUAUGGGAGCUGCUGUUGCCUACCAUUUAGCGCGACGAGGGUGGGGAGACAAGACUUUACUUAUAGAAAAAGAAAAAAUAGGUGCAGGUAGUCGCUGGCAUGCCUCAGGACUUGUUGGCGCCUUCAAACCAUCUUUGGCUCAAGUUAAGCUUGCACAAUCUUCAAUUCGUCUCUUGCAAGAGUUAGAGGCGCGUGGUAGAUCCACUGGCUGGAAGCAAUGUGGCUCUCUAUUACUUGCUAGAACUCGGGAUAGAAUGACUGUUUAUAGAAGAAUGAAGAGUCAGUCAGUUUCAUGGGGUAUACCUUGUGAACUUGUUACUCCGAAGAGAUGUCAAGAAUUAUGGCCUUUGCUCAAUGUGGACGAUAUUGUCGGUGGAUUAUGGAUUCCUGGUGACGGUGUCGGAGACCCUCAUUUGUUUUGUAUGUCCUUAAUGCGAGAAGCCGUCGAAAAUGGCGUAGGAGUGAUGGAAGAUUGCGCGGUGACAUCAGUACUAUCUAAGGACGACCGCGUAUGUGGUGUAGAAACUAGUCAUGGAGCUAUCGAGUGUGAAUAUUUUGUCAAUUGUGCAGGAUUCUGGGCUAGGCAGGUCGGUCAACUAGCGAAACCUCAGGUUAAAGUGCCCUUGCUACCCUGUGAGCAUUAUUACUUACAUACGAAACGUAUUGAUAAUCUAGAUCCUAUGACCCCAGUUGUAAGAGAUCCUGAUGGAUAUAUUUACCUUCGAGAACGCGACGGUUGCUUAAUAGCUGGUGGUUUUGAACCCGUUGCUAAACCGGUAUAUGAAGAAGAAAUCAAGAGUGCGGCGCAAAGAUGCGUGCCCGAAGACUGGGACCAUUUUCACGUUCUGCUCCAAGAGUUUCUUAAGCGCGUGCCUAGUCUCGGUCAAGCCGUCUUACACAAACUUUGUAAUGGUCUGGAGGCCUUCUCGCCUGAUUGCAAGUGGAUAGUUGGUGAAGCCCCUGAGAUGUUCAACUAUCACGUGGCUGCGGGUAUGAAGACCGUUGGGAUUUCGGCAGCGGGCGGGGUGGCCGAAGCCACAGUUGACGAGAUAGUGGACGGCUAUACAAAGUACGAUAUGUAUGAGCUGGACAUUAAUCGAUUUCUUGGCCUACAUAACAAUAAGAGGUUCCUAAGGGAUCGCGUGAAGGAGGUGCCAGGUGUCCAUUAUGGUCUACCAUAUCCCUUUUAUGAGUUCGAGACAGGACGCAACCUUCGUCUUUCGCCGAUAUAUCCUACUUUACGUGACAAUGGCGCCGUAUUUGGGCAGGUCAUGGGAUACGAAAGGCCCACUUGGUUUGAAAUAGUUGACAAAGACAAGGAAAAUCCUCAGAAGCCACGACCAUUUAAAAUUGCCCACACAAAGACAUUUGGCAAACCGCAUUGGUUCGAAACGGUACAGCGAGAGUACUGGGCAUGUAGAGAAGCUGUUGGCCUUGCAGACUAUUCUUCUUUCACGAAAAUCGACCUCCAGUCGCAAGGACGCGAAGUGGUAGACUUACUUCAGUAUUUGUGUUCAAAUAACGUGGACGUUCCGAUUGGCAGCAUUAUACACACGGGCAUGCAGAAUGAACGCGGUGGUUACGAAAACGAUUGCAGCUUAGCAAGGAUAAGCGAAAACCAUUACAUGAUGAUCGCACCAACAAUCCAACAGACAAGAUGCAAGGUGUGGCUCAAACGUCACUUACCGCACAAUGGCUCUGUUACCCUAUCUGAUGUUACGUCCAUGUACACGGCUAUCUGCGUUAUGGGGCCCUUCACAAGGAACUUACUCUCAGAACUGACAGACACCGAUCUUUCUCCUUCCAACUUCCCAUUCUUUACAUUCAAGGAAUUAGACGUGGGACUUGCAAAUGGAAUUAGGGCAAUGAAUUUAACACAUACUGGAGAGUUGGGUUAUGUGCUUUAUAUUCCAAACGAGUUUGCGCUACACGUAUAUAACAGACUGAUGACUGUGGGAGAAAAGUAUGGCAUAAGUCACGUGGGCUAUUACGCUUCACGUUCGUUGCGAGUAGAGAAAUUCUUUGCAUUUUGGGGUCAGGAUCUUGACACUAUGACAACACCACUCGAAUGUGGCCGCACAUGGCGAGUCAAGUUUGAUAAAGAUAUCCCAUUCAUCGGGCGAGACGCUUUACUACAGCAGCGCAAAGAGGGCAUACGACGUCAGUACGUGCAACUACUACUGACAGAUCACGAUCACGAGUUGGACUUGUGGUCUUGGGGCGGCGAGCCUAUUUACCGUGAUGGCAAUUAUUGUGGACAAACCACUACAACUAGCUAUGGAUAUACCUUUAAGAAGCAGGUAUGCCUCGGCUUCGUUCAAAAUCUAGACAAUGACGGAGUGCCGCAGCCUGUUACGAACGACUACGUGCUCAGUGGACACUAUGAGAUUGACAUUGCUGGAAUAAGGUACGCAGCUAAAGUAAAUCUUCAUUCGCCAAAUUUACCAACAAAAUAUCCCGACAAAGAGCGCGACGUUUAUCAAGCUACAAGAAGACUGCAUGAGCCACAACAAUUUUUAGGACGUCAUUAUCAGCCAUAA